CAGCCUCCCAUCCCCCGGCCUCCGGGGUUUUCCUGCUCGACCCUGCGAGCCUGCGAGUCUGCCACCCUGCCACCCUGCUCCAGUACCGCUUACAAAAAUUUGGCCUUACCCCUGGGGCCCAAGCCGCCUUUCCUGCCGCGACUAUUCAACAGAGUGGCGUCCGGCAGGCGCGAGGUGGCCAGAGCCGCGACUGGCCGUGACCUAGCGGUGCGUGGUGGUUCGCCCAGGCAGCCUGCCUGCCUCUCCUGCCUAGCUCGAGCUUGGGAGGCUGCCCGCAGCUCCGCGACCCUGAGGACCCCCGGCUGGAGGGCACGGCCAACUAACUGGUCAGAGGCUCGAGGCCCAGGCCGAAGUCCGUCAGAGGCUUGCUCGGUUACAGGUGAUUUUACCUGAAUUUUCCAGCUGCAGAAUGUACAGUACCUUUAAAGGUUGGCAAUGAUGAAUAAACUGGAAUUAAAAGAAGACAAGAUGCUGGAGGUUCAGUUUGUGGGAGAUGAUGAUGUUCUUAAUCACAUUCUUGAUAGAGAAGGAGGAACUAAAUUAAAAAAGGAACGACCUCAACUUUUGGUUAACACAAAAAAAAUAAUAAAGAAGCCAGAAUAUGAUUUGGAGGAGGAUGAACAAGAAGUCUUAAAAGAUCAGAACUAUGUGCAAGUUUUAGGACAAGAUAUUCAAGAAUCUUUUAAAAAUGGCUCUGCUACAGAUGGUGGGAAUAAAGUUUAUUCUUUUCAAAACAGAAAACACUCUGAAAAGAUGGCUAAAUUGGCUACAGAACUAGCAAAAACACCAAGAAAAAAUAUAUCAUUCAAUUUGAAGAAUGAUCCUGAAAUUAUGAUAAACAUUCCUCAAAGUAGCAAGGGACAUUCAUCUUCAGACAAAGUUCACUUGAAGAACAGUGAUAAAAGUGAAUUUCUGUCAACCACACCUCGUCGUCUAAGGAAAAGAUUAAUAGUUCCAAGGUCUCAUUCUGACAGUGAAAGUGAAUAUUCUUCUUCUAACUCAGAGGAUGAUGAAGGGGUUGCACAAGAAUACGAAGAGGACACUAAUGAAGUCAUAUUGAGCCAAAAGAUUCAAGCUCAGAGUGAAGUAGUUUCAGCUCCUGUUUACAAAGAAACACCUUCUAAGAAAAUAAAAAGAGAGAAAACAAGUGACUUAGUAGAAGAAUAUUUUGAAGCUCACAGCAGUUCAAAAGUUUUAACCUCUGAUAGAACACUGCAUAAAUUAAAGAGAACUAAACUGGAUCAGCAAACUUUAUGUGACUUAUUGAGCAAGGUUCCUCCUUCCUUUUCUACUGAACUUAAACAAUUAAAUCAACAAUAUGAACAAUUAUUUCAUAAAUGGAUGUUGCAGUUACACUUGGGAUUCAACAUUGUGCUUUAUGGUUUGGGUUCUAAGAGAGAUUUACUAGAAAGGUUUCGAGCCACCAUGCUGCAAGAUUCCAUUCAUGUUGUCAUAAAUGGCUUCUUUCCUGGAAUCAGUGUGAAAUCAAUCCUGAAUUCUAUAACAGAAGAAGUCCUCGAUCAUGUGGGUACUUUCCGCAGUGUACUGGAUCAGCUAGACUGGAUAAUAAACAAAUUUAAAGAAGAUUCUUCUUUAGAACUCUUCCUUCUCAUCCACAAUUUGGAUAGCCAAAUGUUGAGAGGAGAUAAAAGCCAGCAAAUUAUUGGACAGUUGUCAUCUUUACGUAACAUAUACCUGAUAGCAUCUAUUGAUCACCUCAAUGCUCCCCUUAUGUGGGAUCAUGUAAAGCAGAGUCUUUAUAACUGGCUCUGGUAUGAAACUACUACAUAUAGUCCUUAUACUGAAGAAACCUCCUAUGAGAAUUCCCUUCUGGUUAAACAAUCUGGAUCACUACCACUUAGUUCCCUAACUCAUGUCUUACGAAGCCUUACUCCUAAUGCAAGGGGAAUUUUCAGGCUACUAAUGAAGUAUCAGCUGGAUAACCAGGAUAACGCUUCUUACAUUGGACUUUCUUUUCAAGAUUUUUACCAGCAGUGUCGGGAGGCAUUCCUCGUCAAUAGUGAUCUGACACUUCGGGCUCAGUUAACUGAAUUUAGGGACCACAAGCUUAUAAGAACAAAGAAGGGAACUGAUGGAGUGGAAUAUUUAUUAAUUCCCAUUGACAAUGGAACAUUGACUGAUUUCCUGGAAAAGGAAGAAGAGUCGUCUUGAAGCUAUCCUUUACUCUUGAAUCUUCUGUGGAAGGGUUAUACUCCAGCUGCCACUCCUCUAAAGUGUUACGUUUACAGCCAACAUUAGACUUUUCGCAGUGUGUAAGAUUUAAAAUUGGGAGUGGGGGAAUAUCAUCAGUUUAGAACCUUGAUUAGCCUGGCUGGUUUAUCUUCUCUAGUACUACACUAUGCAGUGGUCCACAAGUUGGAGAAAAUGUGCCUUUCAUUCAUUACCUCUCUGGAGACUUCUUGCUGGAAUGAACACUGUGCUCAGGGACUAUUUGGAAUUGGAUGUUUUUGAAUUCUUUUAUACUAGAGAUGGUUUUAAAUCCUAAGUUUUUGAGGGCCUUUGAAACUCCUGGAGCUGAUUGUUUGCAAGUGUGCUUAUUCCAGAGUGUGGAAGUACAAAGACAUUGACAUCAUGUAAAUCUGCUUUAUUCUGUUGUUGUGUGUGUCAAAACUGAUAAGUGUAAUGGAGAAGGCAGUCCAUCUCUUACUGUUUCUGAAAUGGCUUAACAAAAGGUGUAAGACUGGGGAAAAGUAGGUGAUCCAGCUUUCUCCUUUUGGAUUUAGGCUACAUACUGGUGGGGGGCGAGGGGGCAUGACACUAUUCGGUAGGGGUAGUGGGAAACGCAUAACAAAUAUACAGGGUAUAUACCCACCCUAGAAAGCACAUAAACAGUAAUAGAACAUGAUAUUCAGAACAGUUAAUGACUGUGCCAUCACCUUCAUGAUACAGGUGAGAAGCCAGGCUAGAGAAAUAUACUCCUGAAUUACAUUUUAGUCAUUAUUUUCAAGACAAUAGAAAAUAAAAAUUAUUCUUUUAAUAUCAACAUAUUUUUGUCUUGAAUAACAUGCAGGUGAGUAGCAUAUUAAUGACUAGCUUUAAAUUUAAUCUUGAUUUCUAAAACUCACUGUAAGACAUUUCAGGUUUUUUUUCUUAAAGUGACCAUUUCAAGCCUUUUAAAUAUUUUUCUUAGCAAAGAAAAAAAAGACUAACCUUGGCCACUGUAGUCAGCUUACAGUCUUCACAUACUCCCUGAAAUAUUUCAUACUUGGAAAUGAAUUUAUUAAAAUAUCACUGUAAUAAAGUAUGUACUCCAUCAGCAUUUUUCACUCAUUUCUUAUAAAUACCUUUCAUGAAAAUAUUUCCCAAAAUGCUCAGAAUUUUUAAAAUCAUCUUUGUGGCAUAUAAUUAAUUUUAUGUUAAAUCCAUUUUUUAAGGGUUAAGUCAGAUAUAAUUACUAAUCAAAAUAUAUAAACAAAUUUGUACAUGAUUAUGACUGUAGAGUUUUUUUUAAUUAUACCAAAUGCUAUUUAAUGAAAAGUGAGUUUCCUUCCCAUUCCCUGAUCCAGUCUCUUAGGCAAACAUUAAUAGCAGUUUAAGAAUUCUUCCAGAGGUAUUCUAUGCACAUGUAAGGGUUUUUGGUCUGUAUUUCUCCUUUAAAAAACACAAAUGGUAGCAUAUGAUACUUGCUGGUUUGUACCUUGCUUUUUUUGCUUAAUAUAGUAACUUAACAGUAAAAAAAAGCAUACAAAAUCCUUAAUGACCUAAUGUGCAAACUUUACAUCUGCCCUUAAAUAUCUACUGGUUUAUUUUUAUAAUUUUUGUCUAUACUAUUUGUAAGCAGUAUGUGUCAAUAGUCUUUACUAUUAAUAAAAAGUCAAUUUGGAUAGAA